ACUCUCUCUACCUCUCAACGUCUCCUCGCCGCCGCCUCGCUCCUAGAAGCUCCACAGCGUCGCCUUCUCGCGCCGCCCGUGGCUCCAGAUGAAGCCCCGAGUAUCCGCGGGAGGAGAAGCAGGAGGAGGAGGAGGUGCGAUGCUGCUUCAGCAGUGAGCGGCGGCGGUGGCAGUGGCAGCAGGAAGACGACGACGAGGACGCGGAGGGGGCCCUGAGAUGAGCGACCCUGGCACGGCAUCGCCCGGCCACCUCACCUCCUCCGAGCCCAGCUCCGGGGAGGACAAUGGCAUGGCCUUUUCGCACGGUCAAGCGUCACCAGGCGAGAGGUUCAGCGACAGCGAGUCUUCCACCCUGACCUCUGACCCCGCGGAGGGAGGGGUCGCGCCGGGGGCCGGAGUUCGCGGCCCCGGGGCCACCAACGGCUACGGGAGCCCCGCGCCGGCCUUCACGGCGUUGGCGCCGCACGCGCAGCGCGGGGUCGCCGCGGCCCCGAGCGUGGGUCGGGGCCCGGGUCGGGGGCCGGGGCUCACGGGGCACGGGGCCCCCCCCGAGGAGGAGGAGGACGACGACGACGAUGAGGCCCCGCGCGGCCGGUUCAAGUUUUCCCGCGCGGCGCCACGGGAGCUUGGGGGAGCUCGGGGCUGUGUUCGACCGAGCGGCCCCCCGGGACCCGGUGGUGGCGGCGGCGGCGGUGGGGGUGGCGUUCGCGAAGGUUCCUUUGUGGGGGGCCGGGCCGACGAUGACGAGGACGAUCACGACGACGGCGACGACGGGGAGAGGCUGGCGGAGAGCGACGGCGUCGACCAGGAGAGGCUCAAGGCCUUCAACAUGUUCGUGCGACUAUUCGUGGACGAGAACCUGGACCGGAUGGUGCCCAUCUCGAAGCAGCCCAAGGAGAAGGUGCAGGCCAUCAUCGAGUCGUGCCACCGCCAGUUCCCCGAGUUCCAGGAGCGAGCCCGCAAGCGCAUCCGCACCUACCUCAAGUCCUGCCGGCGCACGCGCAAGCACGGCUCCGAGCAGGUGGGGGCGGCCGAGGAGGGCACGCGCCGCAAGUGCGCAGCCACCUCCCGCCCGCCGCCGGCCCACCUCACGUCGGCGCUCGCCGAGACGAUCCUGGCGGCGGCGUGCGAGAGCGAGAGUCGCAACGCGGCCAAGCGAAUGCGCAUCGAGAGCCAGCUGCAGGACGAGGCGGCGGACAUGCACUCCCAGCAUGCCUUGCAACCGCUGGACGUUCUGCACGCGGCGGUGGCGGGUGGCGUCGGGGGCGGAGGAGGGGGCCACCCGCCGUUUCCGGCCGCUCCGUCCCCAUCUCCGGCCACGUUCCUCCCGGACCCGAGCGGCCUGGUGAACGGGGCGGCACGCUACGGCCGCCACGCGUACGCGGGGCUCCCACCCCCACACGUGUCCGCACUGCCGCCCCCAAGCAUCCCCAAUGGCCCCACCGACCUGAGCGUGAAGAGGCCGGUGAACGGAGACGCUGGGGUCCCGGAGGGGGGCUCCGCCGCCGGUGGGGCCAAGGGUCCCCACCCGCCGCUGACCCCCGGCUCGGUGGGGUGCCCCACCUCGGGCUCCCUGCAGCAGCAGCAGCAGCAGCUGAGCCCCGUGGAGGUGUCGGCCGUGAGGCAGCUCAUCGCCGGGUACCGCGAGUCGGCCGCCUUCCUCCUGCGAUCGGCCGACGAACUCGAGAACCUCAUCCUCCAGCAGAACUGAGAGUGGAGGGAAUCGCCGAGGGUGG